UGCUUAAGGAUCAUACUUCUAACCUAACCUGACUGUUUUCGGUUUCAAAGAAAAUCUGGCGUAAAUCGACCAAUUUGGUCUUGAUACGACAGAGGUGUAAGCUAGAGCAUUGUCGAAAGGGGCGAGAAUUUUUUUCUUUGACAAAUGGGACGAUUUAUUCUGUAAUUCGUCGUUGGAGUUGCCUAAUAAAUAAUUCGGCAUAUUAAAGAAAUUCCAGUAAGCGUUUAGCUCUUACAUAACAUUUUCGGUCGAUAAGACAGCUUACGUCAUGUGUGGAGCAGGUUCGCCGGGUGAAAUCCAUGGUUUUGACUUUUGUUUCUCAAUUUUUGAAGUGGUCUAGUGAAUCUCGGAUUUUCCGUUUCUGUUUGAAAUUGCGUCAAACACUGAUACAGUGAUCCACGUAGUCUUUUGUGAUGCCUGUGUCAGCUUACUCGCGCAUCUUUAUAGUUUGCCACUUACCGAUAUUUUGUGGUUGUGGGUGAUCAUCCGUUCCCUCAUCUGCAAUACCAACCUUUUCAUAGUGCCAGCCCAUUAUCACACAUACCAAUUUUCAUCGAGAUUUCUCACUUUUUACGCAAGCUAGCGCUUGUAUGGUAAUCUGGCAGACAUACUGGACUUAUCGCUAUAUCUUUCGAAUAGUUUUGGGCCGUACACAUAACGAGAAUACAUUACACUCAAAAAACCGAACACCCUAUCUGUAUGUAUAUAUGACAUACAUAUGUAUUUGAUUGUGGGGAAUAUAAUUAUUCCAUUACAUAUUUAACUUUUUGCGUUUUUAAAAUUUUCCACCUUAUUUUCCGACACUCUGUUUCGAAACACGCACUUGAGUGGAACCACCAAAACGCAAAAUGAAGCGAGCACUCAAAAUAUUAUUUUUCAUGAGUUGCACAUUUUUAAUCGUGAUCUGUGCCAAACCGAAGGUGUAUAUUAAGUUUACGAACGCGCACUGCCAGUCUUUCAAUAAAUCCUGGGUUGUGAUAAACGAGUGUCGUUUGCGUGCGAUAAAACGAGAUGUGACGGCGCUGAAUAUAAACAUCACAUUUCGGCAUCCAGCUAACGAUAUAAAGUUGUACAUGGUUUUCUUGAAGAAAGCCAAUGGCUAUAAACCGUUUGUACUAAAUUCGACUGUCGAUGCUUGCGAGUAUAUUCUCAAGAGGAAUAACCCUAUAGCCAACCUAGUGUAUAACAUCUUUAAAUCCUUCAGUAACAUAAACCACACAUGUCCAUAUAUGGGUGAUCAACUGUUGUUGAACUUUUAUCCCAAGAAUGAGCUCAUUACAUUGUUUUUACCUGCCGGUGAUUAUGUUUUGCUUAUGGACUGGAUCUUGAGCAAGAAGAAAAUGUUCACAACCAAUGUAUAUUUCUCAUUUUACGGAUGAAAUUUUGAAAGUUUGGAUUCAUUUUGGUUUUAUGACUACGGAAAAAUUAUAUAGUAAAUCAUAUGUUUUUAGAUAUAUAGUAUAACAGUGCUCCAAUAAGAGUACAAUAAGUAAAAUAUAAAAACCACAUGCGCACCUCAUAUAAUAUAUUCAGGCAUCUGAUUUCCAUUGAAGGAUCUCACUUAUAGAUUACAAUAAUCAAUGCUGCUGAUGUGACCUUAGUUGUACAUAAUCGCAGGGCAUUACUCCACCUAACUGUCGAAUUGCCGAAUUUUUUAGUAAUUUAAUUAGUCAAAAAAUCGUUCUGGUUACUCAAGUUAAUUGAUAAUAAAGUAUAAAUAAUAAUGUU